AUGUUUAGAAGAGUUUCGUUCUCUGAACAUGUUUUGGUUUCUAGUUCAGAUUCCGAGUUGGAACCUACACAGUCCAUCGAAGAUAAGAGACAUGAUCAAGCGACACAAUUGAAAAUGGAUGAGAAUGAGGAUGGAAUCUACGAGGUUGAUAAUUUACCUCAGUUUCAAAAGCGGCCUUUAAGUGAUACGCCCGUUGUUUCUAGGUUCCAGUCUCCCAGUAGUUCAGUAGAGACUUCUGCUGAGACGUCUCCUCAAAGUUCAAGGAGCACUUCACCAACUGGGUCUCCUGUGUUGGGACCGGUCACUGAAGAACAACUUUCUUCCGAGAAUGGGUUCCAAAGCGGCGCAGAAGAUUGGCAGGACCAGUCGAUGCUUGAAAAUCACCCACCGUCUCAUAUGGUACCGAAAAGGAGGCCCACCACUAUCGAUGUGCCGGGGUUGACAAAAUCUAAGACUUCUCCCGAUGGUAUUAUAUCUCAAAAGGAUCCGGGGUCCAAGUUGAUCAUCAUAAUGGUCGGGUUGCCUGCGACAGGAAAAUCGUUCAUUACAAAUAAAUUAUCCAGGUACUUGAACUAUUCCAUGUAUUAUUGUAAAGUGUUCAAUGUGGGUAAUACUAGAAGGCAAUUUGCAAAAGAACAUAACAUGAAGGAACAGGAUUCAAAUUUUUUUGAUCCGGACGACGAGCAUUCCAAGAUGUUAAGGAAUAAAUGGGCUCUUGACACUUUGGACCAACUUUUAGAAUAUUUAUUGAAUGGCCCAGGCUCAGUUGGAAUCUUUGAUGCAACUAAUUCCACUAAAGAAAGGCGUAGGAUGAUUCUUAAAAAGAUUCAUGAAAGAAAUAAAUUCAUCAAAGUUUUGUUCCUAGAAAGUAUUUGUUCGGAUAAAGAGACCGUCGAAAAGAAUAUAAGAAUGAAACUACUGGGACCAGAUUAUAAGGGGAAAGAUCCUGAGUCAUCUUUAUCAGAUUUCAAGGGAAGAUUGUCUAAUUAUAUGAAAAAGUAUGAGACCAUCGAAGACGAUGAAAAUGUUCCAUACAUCAAGAUGAUCGACAUUGGUAAAAAAAUUGUUUCCUAUGAUAUACAGGGAUUCUUGGCUUCACAAACAGUAUACUAUCUAUUAAACUUCAAUCUUGCUGAGAGACAAAUCUGGAUUACAAGGAGUGGUGAAAGUGAAUUUAACGUCUCUGGUAAAAUCGGUGGUGAUUCUCAACUAACUAAACGUGGUUUGAAAUAUGCAAGAGCUUUAGCCAGGUUUAUGGAGGAACAAAGAAAGCUUUUCAAUGAGAAUCAAAUGAAAGAACACUUGAAAGUUUGCACUCAAGAUACCAAACAUGAGUUUACGCCGACAGAAUUUUUUGUAUGGACAUCAAUGAAAAAAAGAGCUAUGGCUACCGCAUGCACUUUUAAUGACAGGCAUUUUGACAUUAAACAAAUGAAAAUGUUAGAUGAGUUAAGUGCAGGUGAUUUUGAUGGGCUUACAUACGAAGAAAUAUUGCUACGCUCUCCUGAAGAAUAUGAAGAAAGGCUUCUAGACAAGUUAAGGUAUAGAUAUCCUGGCAUUGGAGGUGAAUCUUAUAUGGAUGUUAUUAACAGGUUACGCCCUGUGAUUACAGAAAUAGAAAGAAUUACGGAUAAUCUUCUAAUCGUCACGCAUCGAGUGGUAGCAAGAGUUUUACUUGGUUAUUUUUUGAACUUGAGUAAGGACGUUAUUACAAAUUUGGAUGUCCCCCUACAUUCCGUGUACUGUUUGGAGCCCAAACCAUAUGGUGUAAGCUGGUAUCUAUAUGAAUAUAACGAAGAAACAGACACAUUUUCUAAGGUACCACAUACUGACUUGAAUACAACUAAGGUUAAAGAGGUCGGUUUAGUCCAUCAAGAAAGAAGAUACUCAAUCAUACCUACUGCUCCAUCCUCUGCCACCAGCGGAAAGUCCAGGAGUGUUAGCCAUAGCAGUAGCUUCACAACAACCAGCAGUGGAGGACAGUCUUCGAAUCGGUUGCCACAUAAUCUACCGUACUCUUCCUCCACAAAUAUGUCAGGUGCCUCUAGAUCUGUUCACCCAGCUAGACAACUUCCACCAUAUCGGACAAAUCCCAGCUUAUUGGCCAGGACAAUGUCUCGUAACCAUAGCUCAGACCAUGUUGGAAUUUUGAAAAGAAGUGUUUCUCCUAGGGAACUAGCUAACUCGAUUGAAUUAGAUAAGUUAAAUGAAAAGCUAUCAAAAUUGGCUACUAAUGAAAAAUCAAAGAGUGACACUACACCUCAGGCUCCCCCUCUUUCUAGAAGUCAGAGUGAAACAAUGUCCCCUCAUACAAGUUGA